AUGGAUAAUGGAGAUAAAAGUUGGAUGUAUCUCCUAAGAUGGACGGAUGAAUAUAUCCGUGGAGUGAACAAUUUUCUUGAUAAGGCAUUUGAACGAGCUUCCCAGAGAAAUAAAAUAUUAUGCCCUUGCAAAAAGUGUAUUAAUCGCUAUUGGCACUAUAGAAAUGUGGUGGAGGAUCAUUUGGUUGUUAAUGGUUUUGUUGAUGGUUACACCAAAUGGGUUUUCCAUGGCGAAGGGCUUUCCUCUAGAAAUGCACCUCACCAAAGCAAUGAUGAUGAAGAUUCUAACAUGCGUGAUGAUAUUGAUGGAUUACUUCAUGAUACCUUUAGAAAUGUAGAAGGUGAGGCAGAGCAGGAAGAACAGAUGAGAGAGACUCUAUCUGAAGAUGCUAAGAGAUUUUUCAGAUUAUUAGAGGAAGGCAAACAAGAACUAUAUCCUGGGUGUGAAACCUUCACUAAAUUGAGUUUUACUAUUCGGUUGUACGUGUUUAAAUCCUUGCAUGGAUUGAGUAAUGUGGCCUUUUCAGAUAUGCUAGAGUUGUUAAAAGAGGCAUUUCCCUUUGCUCAGUUGCCAGAAUCUUUCAACAAGGCUAGAAACAUGAUAAAAGAUUUGGGUCUUCAUUAUGAAAAAAUACAUGCAUGCCCUAAUGAUUGCAUGUUAUUUUGGAAAGACAAUGCAAAGGCCGAUAGUUGCUUUGUUUGUGGGGCUUCUCGAUGGAAAGUUGUUGAUGCUUCCUUAACUAAUACAAGCUCUAAAAUCCCAGUAAAGGUUUUAAGGUACUUUCCCUUAAAGCCUAGGCUUCAGAGGAUAUUCAUGUGUCCUGAAACAGCCAUUGCAAUGAGAUGGCAUGCUAAUGAACGACUCACUGAUGGGAAUAUGAGGCAUCCUGCUGAUGGAGAAGCUUGGAAGGAUUUUAAUUCUCUACACCCAGACUUCUCCAGAGGUCCAUGUAAUGUUAGGUUGGGUCUUUCAAGUGAUGGUUUCAAUCCAUUUCGAACCAUGAGCAUUUCUCAUAGCACGCGGUCUGUCAUGUUAAUGAACUAUAAUUUAUCACCAUGA